GUCCGACAUUAACGCCGGGAAAAUGUCGAACUGAAUUCCCCUAAUUUUCCCUUCUUCAAAGGCUCUUUAAGCAGCGCGAGACCUCGACAGUAGGCUUAUGAGUUGUUUUGUUUCGGUGCUUGUCCAAAGACUAGAAUGCCUCAGCUUGGAAGCCUGUUUACCCACUUUCAGAUCAGCUCCAAAGCUUCAGAAAGUGCCCAAGGCCAGAGCCAACUGCACACACAAACACUACCUGAAUUUUUACAACAUGUCAGGAAACUCACCGGGCUGAGAAAUCAAGAUGUUUACUGCAAUCUGCGUAUCCCCCAGUAUCAGACUACCAAAGAUGACAUCAACAUUGUUAUACUCACAGGCCACGGGAUCUUCUGCAUUGAUGUAAAACCCUGGAGAGGCACAGUGUCGGCGGCUCACAACCAAAACUGGCAUGUGCAAGUGAAAGAAGAGGACCAAAACUUUACCAAUACCUGCAUUGAGCAGACUGAAGAUCCCCUUAAAGCUAUCAUGACCAAGACGGCUAACUUAUGUGGCCAUUUGAAGAGGAGUGGAGUGUCCGUGCGCCAAAGCCUUUUCUUCCCCAGGGUCAUCUUCCUCUCCCCAGACUGCGAGCUGGAGGAGGAGCUGAGGAAGAGGAGGGAGCUGGUCUCCCACAGCCAGAUAGACGACUUCCUCAGAUCUUUCAGGGAGGGCUACAUGGCCUGGAUAUCAGAUGCACUGACUCCUUCAUGGCUCUCUGGUCAUCUGUCGUACAGGCAGAUGGAGUCAGUGCGGGAGGUCCUGAGGAGGGUGGGAACAUGGGAUCUAAUGCGGCUGCACUGUGGCGAGCAGCUGAAAGGAGACUUCCAGGGCUGCCAGUACAUCGCUCUCAACAGACAGGAGACGGACACGCUUGAGUUUUCCAGAGUCAAGACCCUGUCAGCUGAUGCACUGUGGGCCCUGCUGGGACAUGCUCCUCAGGUAACAGUUAAAAUGUAUAAGCGUGGCUCUCAUGGCUGGCUGGGUAAAUCUGUGAGCGCCACCACCACCAUCCCAUCCAACACCUUUGUCAUCUUCAGGAUCAGCGGGGAGGAAGCAGAUGCCAAAAUCCCAGCGGACACCAUUCACAGCAUCACACUCAGCAUAUGACCGUGUGUAUGGGCAAUAAAGAGGAUAGCCCUCACAACAAACGUGCAGAUGCAAAAAAAAAACUCUUUAUUUAGUUCAUUUUUACUGAGUGCCUUUUACUAUGCAGUGUUUGUAUUUUGUUAUAUUGUUCCAAUAGUACAAGUCCUGAAUGUCUUUAUGUGAGAAUUUAUUAAGGAAAAAGAAAAGAAAAGAAAAGAAAAAGCCCCAUUUGCCAAUUUUCCUGAUUUUACGAUCCUCAGUGGCAAUGUUAUGUUAAUGAAGAUGGUUUCAGACAAUUAGCCUGAUUAACUUUCUCUUGUUUUGAAUUUCUAGGGCUAGCCCACACUUUACACUAGCCAUUAAUUAAUCAUUAUGUUAGCUGAUUGUGUCACAUCAGUUCAGGAUUGAAGUGUUUAAUGUGUUAAUUGUGGCAGUUAAAAACCGGUGGCCUCCAGUGCGAUGAGGGCCGAGCAUGUUACUGCCUCUAUGGGUUUAAUGGGAAGUGAUUUACGGUCUGUUUAGACGGUGUAACUGUAAGGUGCUUUAUUAAUAUGCUCUACAGCACAGAGGAGACGAUAACGUAUUCAAGAGCGCACAGGCGCAGCCACCAGCGCCAUUCAUAACUGUGUCUGAGUCACUUUCCAUCAGUUACCAGGCUUACACAGCUGCGCUAACAGCUAGCAAUUGUAUUUACUGGGCCUGGUAGUGGCCAAAAUGAAGUUAUUUCCAUCAAGAUAUCAGUGCCUUUAGCUAAUGCAAUAGAGGGAGCUCUCCGUGUUGAUGGUAUCUCUUUGCAUGGCAUCUCUCUACCUGAAACAUCAUUACACUGUACUCAAGCUCCUCACUUUUUCAAAAUGUCUGUUUACUGUUUCACCUGAGGGAGGGACAGAUCAUUGGUGGUUGUACAAACAGCACUGUGCUGUUUGCACUAAUAGGCGCACAUUUUUUAGACUCUGGUUGUUCUGAGAUGUCAGUCAACAUUGCUUGAAUUUGUAAGUGCUUUUGAUGAAUUCACUGUCUUUGUAUAUUUAAACUUCAGUACUAAAGAGUGUCCUCAGGAACAGUUUUCUCCACAGCACUUGUUAAACAGUAGUGGCACCAUUAUAUGAUCUGGGAUGAGAAGGAAAAAAUUACUGUAUGUAAUUCACAUGAGUGGUGGGUGCAGGUUGGUUUUAUUGUAUUUUCAUUAAAUGAAUAAUUUGUUCAUUUAAAAAAAAAAAAAAAAACGUCAAGCACUUUCAAGAAGCAUGACUGCUUACCAUACUCUUCAUUGAUUGAUUUAAGCAUGGUGGUUUUAUUCAUUGGUGUGUUUUUUUUUUCAGUCAUUGUGUUUUUAUGUUUACAUGUAUUUGUAUUAU